GCAAGGAGAGAAGGAGACGGGACCGGAGAGGCAGGCUUUUCCUUUUCUGGUAUUUCAAGUCGCUGAAAGAACAAGCAGGAAUUCUUUGUGGUGCCGAGGGGCUGAGAUAUAAACCAGGCUGUAGAGGUUUAUAUACGAAAGGGAAACACGGACGUCCAUGGACUUAACUCCAGCUACUGCUACGUGAGAGAAAGUGUGGAGAAUCUUUCUGGGCAUCAUGGACGAUGACUUUGAACGCCGCAUGGAGCAGAGGAGGCUGAGGAGGGAGCAGAUGCGCGUCGACACUGACAAGGAGGGCUACGCCAACGACGAUGAGGAGGAAGCGCGGGAGCAAAGGAGACGCGCGAGGGAGGAGAGGAAGAAGAUGAGGGACUCGGACGAGCCUGGAACCACCGACGUGAUCAACACAAACAGUGUGGAGACAACCGGCGGUGAAGGGGCAGAUGAUGACCAGGCCCUGCUGGAGCGGCUGGCCAAGCGGGAGGAACGCCGGCAGAAGAGAAUGAAGGAGGCCCUGGAGAGGCAGAAGGAGCUGGACCAAACCGCCAGCACCAACGGCACAGACAGCGCGUCGGAGGAGCAGCCCUCCCUCAGACAGCGAGACACCGGGGACCAGGAGGAGGAGGAGGAGGAGGAGGAGAAGCCAGCCCAAGAGGAGGUGGCAGACGCUGAUACUAACUGCUGGACUAAAGAGGAAGAAGACAAAAAGGAAGAUGAGAAGCAGGAAUACGUUGAGGCAUCGAGAACAGACCGCUUAAGAAAUGAGGAGCAGAUCGAGGAGAACGCGGCCGCAACAGAAGAGUUUGAGAAGCCCGAUGUGGAAAAGAACGAUGCUGAAGAAGAGGCCGUUCCCGACGAUGACGAGGAGGAAGAAAAGCGGAAGAGGAAAGAAGAAGAAGAAAGGCAGCAAACAGAAAUGGAUGAAAGGCUGAGGGCAGAGGAGGAAGAAAGACAGAAAAGGGAAACAGAAGAAAAGCUCAAGAAAGGGGAAGAAGAACGGCAGCUGAAAGAGGAGGAGGAAAUGAAGAAAAGGGGAGAGGAAGAAAAACAACAAAAGGAAAUGGAGGAUAGACUGAGAAAAGAAGAGGAAGAAAAACAGAAAAGGGAUGAGGAGGAAAAAAUGAAAAAAGAAGAGGAGGCCAAACAAAAAAGGUUGAUGGAAGAGAAACAGAAGAAAGAGGAGGAGGACAAACGAAAAAAGGAGAUCGAGCAAAAGAAGAAGAAAGAAGAGGAAGAAAAACGCCAGAAAGAGCUGGAGGAGAAGAAGAAAAAGGAGGAGGAGGAAAAGCAGCAGCAGCAGAAGAAGAAAAAAGAACUGGAAGAGAAGAAGAAGAAAGAAGAAGAGGAAAAGCGUAAAAAGAGGGAGAUAGAAGAGAAGACCAAGAAAGAGGAGGAGGACAAGACCAAAAGAUUUGGUUUUAAGGAAAAGAAUGAACCGACCAAACAGAACGGCGGACUGUUUGAGAACAAACUGAAGAAAACAGAGAAGACGUCGAGGUAAAGUCGUCGUUUUCACCCCAUCGGUAUCUUUUGAGCAAAACAAAGCA